AUGGCUGACGUUGAAAUGGCUGACGCCAGUUCAUCCACCGAAAAGCCCAAGGCAGUUGUCAAGGCCUCCAAAGGCGGUGCUGUGGAAGGUGGCGAUAGCAAGAAAAGAUUCGAAGUCAAGAAGUGGAAUGCCGUUGCACUAUGGGCUUGGGAUAUUGUAGUCGACAACUGCGCCAUUUGCCGGAAUCAUAUCAUGGAUCUAUGUAUCGAGUGUCAAGCAAACCAGGGCGCCGCCAUCACUGAAGAAUGUACCGUUGCCUGGGGCAUUUGCAAUCACGCCUUCCACUUCCAUUGCAUUUCGAGAUGGCUUAAGACCCGACAAGUCUGUCCCCUUGACAAUCGAGAUUGGGAGUUCCAGAAAUACGGUCGAUAG